AUGGCAGCCAUUUAUUUUUCACUAGUGAGUGUUUUUGUAGUUUCUUUGAUAUCGGGUUAUUCCAAUGCAUUAAGUGUAGAUUACUUCCACCAAACAUGCCCUAAGGCUGAGUCGACGAUACGAAAAGUUGUAAAGAAAGCUAUGAUGAACGACAACACAGUUCCAGCCGCUUUACUUCGGAUGCACUUCCAUGACUGCUUCAUUAGAGGUUGUGAUGCUUCUGUGCUGCUGAACACCAAGGGGAAGAAGAAAGCUGAAAAAGAUGGCCCUCCUAACAUUUCCUUGCAUGCAUUUUAUGUUAUCGACAAUGCUAAAGAGGAAGUAGAGGCACAAUGUCCUGGAGUAGUCUCUUGUGCUGAUAUAUUGGCUCUAGCUGCUAGAGAUGCAGUUGCUCUGUCUGGAGGUCCUACUUGGGAUGUGCCAAAAGGGAGAAAAGAUGGAAGAAUUUCAAAGGCUAUUGAAACCAAACAACUACCAGCACCCACCUUCAAUAUAUCUCAAUUGCAGCAAAGCUUCUCCCAAAGAGGCCUAUCUAUGGAUGAUUUAGUGGCACUCUCAGGAGGGCACACACUAGGUUUCUCUCAUUGUUCAUCCUUCCAGAACAGAAUCCACAAAUUCAACACCACAACAGACAUUGAUCCAUCAAUGCAUCCAUCUUUUGCAGCCAGAUUAAGGAAAAUUUGCCCCAUGCAUAACACGGUGAAAAAUGCAGGAUCCAGAUUAGAUUCUUCUUCAACUACAUUUGACAACACCUACUACAAGUUACUUCUCCAGGGAAAAAGUCUUUUCUCCUCAGACCAAGCUUUACUUACUACUUCAAGAACAAAAUCAUUGGUCUCGAAAUUCGCCUGCUCGCAAGAAGAAUUUAAUAAAGCAUUUGUUAAGUCCAUGAUCAAGAUGAGCAGCAUCACUGGUGGAACUGAGAUUAGGAAAGACUGCAGAUUUGUUAGGUAA